GUGGCCAGGGGCGAGAUGCAGGAUGGGUUUGGAAAACAGAAGCGCAAAGUCAACAGCGCACGUCAACAACAAACACCGAGAGGGUGACGCCCACCCAUUUUUUUUUUAUUUUGGGGGGGGGGGGGGGUUGACCAUUUAAAGCCCCCCGAGGUGACUGAGGGCUGACCGCAGGCUUCCUCCGAGGGACACGAUGGAUAAACUUCCCUGCGGGCCUCUUGUGGAGAAAAUGGCCAACAGAGACUUUGAAAAAAAGGUGUUUGUUAACAGGAGCCUGACUCUGGAAAACAUUAAGUGCUAUGGCUUUGACAUGGACUACACACUGGCAAUGUAUAAAUCUCCUGACUAUGAGAGCAUGGGCUUUGAGCUAUUGAGAGACAGAAUGGUAUCGAUUGGAUACCCUCAUGAAAUUCUUCGAUAUACGUACGACCCAAGCUUCCCCACUCGCGGGAUAGUCCUUGACAAAACAUUAGGGAACCUGCUGAAAGUGGAUUCAAAUGGCAACAUCUUAGUUUGCAGUCAUGGUUUCCGCUUCCUUAGAGAGGAAGACGUCGAGUACUACUAUCGAAACAAGUUCAUCCAAAGAGAUGACACUGACAGGUUUUACAUGCUUAACACCCUCUUCAAUCUGUCAGAGACUUAUCUUUAUGCAUGUCUGGUGGAUUUCUUUACUCGAUGCACCAGAUACUCAAACCUCCGGAAAGGUUUCCAGCAUGGAGACUUGUUCAUGUCCUACAGAAGCAUGUUCCAGGAUGUUCGAGAUGCAAUGGAUUUUAUUCAUGACACAGGAACCCUGAAAGAACAGACGAUCAAGAAUUUGGAGAAGUACGUCGUCAAAGAUCCAAACAUCCCCGUGCUCCUGACUCGAAUUAAAGAGGCGGCGAAGAUUUUCUUGGCUACCAAUAGUGACUACAACUACACAGAGGCUAUCAUGAAGUACCUGUUGGAAAGUACCCCAAAGCCUGGAAGCCCUAAAAAGCCGUGGCGUGCUUUCUUCGACCUUGUUGUCGUCGAUACCAGGAAGCCUCUGUUCUUUGCAGAUGGCACAGUGUUGAGACAAGUGGACACGGACACAGGAAAGCUGCGCAUUGGGACUUACACUGGAGACCUGCAGCACGGCACAGUUUACUCUGGAGGAUCGUCAGACAUCGUCUCUGAUCUGCUGGAUGUCAGUGGCAAGGACAUCCUCUAUAUUGGAGAUCACAUCUUUGGAGACAUUCUCAAAUCAAAGAAACGUCAAGGCUGGAAGACCUUUCUUGUCGUGCCGGAGUUAACCAAGGAGUUGCAAGUGUGGGAGGAAAGAAGAAAUCUUUUUGAGGAGCUGAAACAUCUUGACUUCUAUUUGGCUGAACUGUACAGGCACUUAGACAGCGGCAGCAUAGACUGUCCUGACAUCAGCAACAUUCAGACAAGAAUAAAGGUCCUGACCCACAGGAUGGACAUGUCCUACGGCCAGAUGGGCAGCCUCCUGCGCAGCGGCUACACACAGACACUGUUUGCCAGUCAGCUGAUUCGCUAUGCAGAUCUGUACUCCUCCACCUGCAUUAACCUGCUGCACUACCCCUUCAAUUACCUCUUCAUGGCUCCCCCUGUCCUGAUGCCCCAUGAGGCAGUUUCCCAAAGCUCUGCGGACAUUCCUUCAACAGAGCAGAAUGUGAGCAACCACAAAGACACAACGAACUGCAGCUAAGAUGCGUUUCUUCACGAAGCAGAACAUCGUGGAGGUUCCUGACCGCAGUUACACGCUGAUGGACGGUUUGUCACAUCGGUCACCUAGUGCGCCAUCUGCUGGAUAAAUAAUGCUUUGUGAUUAAAAAAAGUUUACACUGAAAUGUUAGGGAUUGCUGUGCUGAAGUGGCGACACGCCCAGGGUUUACCCCCCCCCCCCUCCCACUCACCCAGUGACCGCUGGAGAUAAGCACCCUUCAAGGAAAAGCGGGAAUAGAUAAUGGAUGAAUGGAUGUUAAGGGUAGUUAUUGUAAAUGUGAGUUUUUAACAUGUAAACGGUGCAGAAUGUGCUUUAAAUAUAAGAUUUGUGUAAUUUCUUUCACAAAUAAUUUUUUAAAAUUUAUUAUUUAUUGUUUCUGCAACUUCUGCUGAAUUAAGUCAAUAAAUCACUGCUAUUAA